AUGGAGCUCCUGGGAUCCACCCUGACUGCCACGUACGCGCGGCCCAAAACCAGCCACUUCCUGCCCGCCAUCUCCACUAUGGCCUCCAGCUACCGCGGCACCCAGCUCCCCCUCACCUUCAACCCCGUCUCCCACCAGUGGCGGAGCAACAACUACCUCCGGGCCGGCAGCGCCAUCCCGUCCAUCCGGCAGGGGAGGGACGGGGACCUGGACCUGGUGCGCUCCAACACCAUGUACCACCCGUCCAACAGAGCCAUGCUGAGCACCCGCUACACGCCCGACGACUGGUACAAGUCCAACCAGAGCAACUACCGCGAGUCCGAGUCGUCCCGGAACAGCGCGGAGCGCCUGCGGAAGGACACCUUGAGGCUGAUGCAGGACCGCGAGCAGCUAACCCGCCGCACUCAGGAGUACACCAGCAAGAACAUCGGGGAGCGCCUGAACGACAUCGUCUUCUGGAGGUCGGAGCUCAACCACGAGAUAGACAACAUGGUGACGGAGAUCGCGGCGCUCGCCGAGGUCAAGAGGAGGCUGGAGAGGGCCCUGUCCGAGACCGAGGGACCCCUGCAGGUAUCCCAAGAGUGUCUCUAUCACAGAGAGAGGCGGAUGUCCAUUGACCUGGUCCAUGAUAAUGUGGAGAAGAACCUCAUAAGGGAGGUUGAAAUCAUCAAAUCCUGUCAGGAAAGAAUGAGGAGGCAUCUGGACAGAGCCAUCGCUCAACUGGCGUCAAACCGAGCUGCUCAGCAUGAGCUGGAGAGGGAUCUGAGCGACAAGGUGUCCGCCCAGAGGAUAGACGACAGGUGUCACCAUCUGAGGAACACUUCGGAUGGGAUCAGCUACUACAGAGGAGUCGACAGACUGGACCCCUCCCUCUCCCUACCAGAGUCCUGGUCCAAGUUCACAGAUGACAACAUCCUGCAGUCCCAGAGCCAGCGAGCUGCCUCCCACAAGCUGAGGGAUGAGAUCGAGGUUCUGCUGAGCACCACGUCCAAUGACAUGUGGACCCAGUUCAACAGCGCCAACGUAGCCUUCACCAACCGCAUAUCAGAGAUCGCCGACACUAAAAACAGCCUUCAGACACACCUGGCUAAGACCCUUCAGGAGAUCUUCCAGACAGAGAUGCUGAUCGAUUCCCUGAAGAAGGCCCUGAGGGACAAGGAGAACCCGCUGAAGGUGGCCCAGACCCGGCUAGAGGAGAGGACACGCAGGCCCAACGUUGAGCUCUGUAGAGACAACCCCCAUCACAGGCUGGUGGGCGAGGUGAGGGAGAUCGAGGACACCAUCCAUAAGCUCCGGGACAGGCUGAUAGAGGCCGAGUCCACCCUACACACCCUGGUCAAGACCAAGGUGACCCUUGAGCACGACCUGUCCGUCAAGGCCAACUCCCUCUUCCUGGACCAGGACAAGUGUAUGGGCAUGCGCAAGACUUUCCCCAGCACACCCCGACUGGUGGGCUACACCUAA